UGGAUGUCAAGAACUGAUCAAUCAGUCAACCUUGCUGUGAUAUUUCAGAAUGAUGACCCAAAGACCCACCCAAACUCACCACAGUUAAACUAUUUUCAGCUACCCAGGAGGUGAGGAGCCAUAGCUGCAGCUCUCUGAGGAAGUUCUUACAUUUGCUUAGACGUCCUCUCUAGUGCACUCAAAUAAUAUUUAGAAAAAGUGUACAUUAGGGACUAAAAUUACAAAUCAAGUUGUAUAUGCUUUUCUACUCUGGCUUUAUAAACAUCCUUAUACCCUAAACAACCAGGCAGAAUGUAAACAUUUUUGUUUCAAGUAUGUUAUCAUUGUGUCAUAUUCAUCUGGACACUUCCGUGAAGAUAUCACUCCUGUGUAAAUAGUCACCUAGACAGGGUUGGGUGCUCAGAAGAAACUUCAGCAUCCCGCAAUCGCAUACUGUCACGUCUUCUCAUCCAGGCUUCCUGCUCAGCUCCGUGAUCCACAUCAUUCUUAAACAUAAACACCUCUCCUCUGAAUCAUCCUUGGAGCAUCACUUCUCAUGGCAGUUUCUAGGACCACUAUGUGGAGGUUGAUGUCUGUGAUCUUUGGAAUAAAAUGUCUUUUGCUGAUGGUUACUUUGGGAAUUUUAAUGAAAAACUCAUUUACUAUGCAGAGUAUUCAACCAACACUUUCUCCAACUUCCACUGUAGAAUUCCAGGAAGUUUCUGAAUGCUGUGCUUGCCUAGAAAAGUGGAUUGGAUAUCAAUGCAACUGUUACUUCAUUUCCAAAGAAGAAAAAUCUUGGGAAGAAAGCAGAGAUUUCUGUGCCUCUAAGAACUCCAGUCUUCUUCAGCUCAAAACCAGAACUGAAAUGAGUUUUAUGAACGCCAGUCAAAACUUUUUCUGGAUUGGAAUGCGUUAUAGUGAAGAAUUGAAUGCCUGGCUAUGGGAGGAUGGCUCAUUCCCCUUAAAAGAUCUAUUGCCAGUGUUCUCAGAUACCAAGCCAAGGGGAUGUCCUGUUUUUAGUCCAAGCAAAGCUGUUUCCAUUGACUCCUGUGAAAGUAAAACUCGUUUUAUCUGUAAGCAAUUGCUUAUUUAAAUAUUUCUUAAGGCAAAGAGUAUAGACAAGAAAGGUCCAGGAUUAUUUAAAAAGUACUUACCUCUGACAGUAUUACUGUCUUUCCAUCUUGAGUUGGUAGAAUGUCUCUAUGUGCUAUCAUUUUUUAUACAUUUGAACCCAAUUUACCCUUGAUGGAUUUUUCACACUUAUGUUUAAAAAUAGGAUAACAAGGUAGAGAGUUUUUAUCAAUAUUUUGAUUUAAUGCAUAUUUGAUAUGUGCUGUGGAUAUCGCUCUGUAUAAAUAAAAUGCUGAUUGGC